GCACCAGGUGAACGCAUGUCUUCACAGAGACUGAAAUCAAAACAAAAGCCAAAACAAGGUCAAAGAAAUGAGAAAAGACCUCAAACAAGAUCCAGUCCAAAACCGGGACAAAAAAAUGUGACGAGACCUAGACGAACACCCAGCCAGGAGCAAAGCGAAGGACAACAACAAAGAACAAGGAGAUGGUCUGAAGGAUACGAGGGUGGGGAGUCCUUCAGCUGGCCUCAGGGUACCAAAGACGAUCCUGCAACCACCUGCCACGAGCUUGGACUCAUACACCCACAUCUAAGUGAUGGUUACUAUUACAUGGAUCCAAACCAAGGCUGUCCCUACGAUGCUGUAAAGGUUUUCUGUAACUUUACAGCUGGAGGAACGACCUGCAUUGACCCUUCAAAGUCACAGAUUAAAUUCAGUUGGGAACCAGAAAGGAAGUCAUCGGAAACGUCUGUCCAGUGGUUUAGUCAGCAACAUGGUGGAACCAGGUUAGAGUACACUGGCUUGGGUGUUGUCCAGCUGAGGUUUCUGCGGUUACACAGCCAAAAAUCUUCCCAGCGCAUGACCAUCAGCUGUACAGGAAACCCGCUGCGUCUGUCAUGAGUGACUUAUCCAGUAGGAAUGUUCGCUUUCUGGGGGACUCUGGCAAAGAAAUUAUAUCACAUCUUAUCACAGUGUCAAGGAACAACUGUGAGUGGGAGGUGGUUGUGAUGGUUCAGGGGGACACUGAGGUACAUCGCGGCCAUAUGGAGUUACUUCCUGUCAGAGAUCUGGGUGUUGACAUGAAUUCACCAUCUCCUCGUAUCCCUGAGAUCACCAUUAUCCUGGGUCCCCUUUGCUUCUUGUGACCCAUGAGGAGUAUGUGUGUGUUUUUUGGUCUGUGUGUCUGAAAUUCUGUAAAUAUCUUUUUCAUAUGGAAAGUCAGGAUGGCCCAUAUGGUAUGUUUGGAUGGCCUCUGUAUUAUAUGUUUUGCUUAUUUAUUGAACCGUUUCAACCUGGAUGAACUGCAUAUUUUAUCAUAUUUGGCAUUAUAUAAAUUGUUACCAAAUAUUUUAUUUACUAUCAUUGUUUCCUAUGACUCAUCCUCUUUACAGUGGAAUGAUGUGCAGCACUAUUAAAAUAAAGUUAAGACCAUGUGAAAUGAAGGCCAUGUGAUUUAAAUGAC